AUGGGCAACACUUGUAACAAGUCAAAAAAGCAUAGAACGGAAGUAGUAUAUACAAGUGAUUUUAAAGAUGAUAUUGAUCCAAAUGUAACCUACGUUCCUAAUGAACCUGACUUACUCGAGCCUUUAUUCGUUAAUUCGAAUGAUAAAUCAAUGCUGGAUCGUCUUCUUGGUUGUGCCUAUGGACAAGCCCUAGGAGAUGCUUAUGGUCUAUCUACUGAAUUCGAAACACGCGAGAGAAUCCAUCGUAAUUAUCCUGACGCUUCAAUACUAAUUCCAUUUCCAAAUUACAUCACAACUAUCCAUUCGAGACGAUGGAAACGAGGUGAUUGGACUGAUGAUACUGACCAAUGGAUACUAAUUCUAGAUACAUUGACUGAGGGCAAAGGUGAUGAGAAAGUAUUUGCUAAGAAAUUAAAGAGAUGGAUUGAAAAUGGUUUCAGAGAAGUAGGCGAUAGCGUUGGAAGGGGAUUAGGAGCCAAUGUGCAGCAAGUCGUUUACAGUGAUGGAUACCUAAAAGAUCCACUUAAGACAAGCGAAAUGGUAUGGGAACGCGGCAAUCGUCAAGCAGCACCGAACGGAGCGGUGAUGCGAUGUUCAGCAGCGGCGUUUGUGCAUUACAAUGAUCCAGAAAAGGUCAAAUCAACGACCAUAUCAAUGUGCAAAACUACUCAUUUCGAUCCUCGAUGUAUUGCUUCGUGUCUAGCUGUUUGUUUGACGAUUACUCAUCUAGUAAAAAAUGAAGUUAACGAUAAUGAAAUCGAACCGCUGAUUAAACGUGUUCAAGAGGAAACAAUUCAGAUACUUGGUGAUAAUCUUUCUGGUGAACAUCGUGAAUUAUUCGUAUGGCAUAUAGAUCCAUCACGUACUUUACAAGACUUAAAAUUAGACGAUCCGACAAGUAUUGGUUUCACAUAUAAAUGCUUAGCAUCGGGUUUCUACGGUUUAAGAUCGAAACGUUCAUUUCAACAAACAUUAAAUGAUUUGAUUCGAUGUGGAGGUGACGCAGAUACGAACGGAGCAGUUUGCGGUACCAUGUAUGGAGCAAGAUAUGGCUAUAAAGCAUUACCUGCUGAAUGGCUAAGGGCAAUGCCAUUUAAAAAAUGGUUUGAUCAAAAAAUAAUUAGUUGCCUCACACAUAUGAAUUUUAUUACUGCUGAACUGAUAGAUACAUAA